AGGCGGAGAUGAGACCGCUGGACGAGGCUGAGACAACUGCAGUGUUCGAAAAGCUCUUCAAAUUCGUCGGAAACAACCUCAAGAACAUCGUUGAAAAUCCCUCCCAUGAAGGUCCCGAUUCCAACCCUGGCCGCUAUUGCUUCCGCCUCAACAAGAACAAAAUCUACUACGUCAGCGAAUCCCUCGUCAAGCGGGCGACCAAUAUAGCCCGACCCAACCUCGUUUCUCUCGGCACUUGCAUCGGCAAAUACACUCACGGAGGUAAUUUUCAUCUCACAGUUCAGGCUCUGAACUUGUUGGCUGCUAAUGCUAAGCACAAGGUCUGGCUCAAACCCCAGUCUGAGAUGUCUUUCUUGUACGGGAAUCAUGUUUUGAAGAGUGCUUUGGGAAGGAUCACAGAGAGCAUUUCGCCUGGUGAUGGGGUUGUGGUGUUUUCCAUGUCUGAUGUGCCGUUGGGUUUUGGUGUGGCUGCUAAGUCCACGCAGGAUUGCAGGAAAUUGGACCCUAAUGGUAUUGUGGUGCUUCACCAGGCCGAUAUUGGAUCUUGAGAACAGUCAGAUUAUUGCUGGGAGCAGUUCUGCCUCUCAGCUACUCAUCCCUCGGCCUUUCAAUUAUCUUCCCUAUUGAUCAUCCUUCAUGCUCAAAGUUCUCUCACUAUUGGAGUUCGGCUUAGACAAUUGCAAGAGACUGUCUGAAUUUUUUUGACAGGCAACAAGCAUAUAUAUCUUCCCUCACUAAACCCGGCGAGGAAGCUCAGCAAAAUUUGAAGAAAAUGUUAUUCUUAAGAAUAUGAUCUAUGGUUUGUCCUCUGGAAUAGCAAAAUUUCAAUUG